AUGGGUAAGGAGUGGUAUUGGACUGGAAAAUCAUCCAAGAGAGGUGGAGGAGCUGAAGCAGAAACACCAACUUCUUCAGGUUGCAUGUGUGCCGUUUUUCACUUCUUUGAUUUCCACCCGUUUAACUUUCCUACCAUCAACCAACAACAGCAACAACAAGCCUCUUUCAAGCCACCAUCUUGCAUUUCAGAAGACUAUUCUACAGUCCCUAAAGGUGCUGAAGCACCUAGGAACAGCUUGGAAUCAGAAAAUGGUAAUGGUACAGUUUCAUCAAAAGAAGAUAAUUUUAAAAUCCCAAAGAAUAUCAUACAAAUUAAGACAAGUGGAAGCACAAGAACAAAUGGUGGGGGUGGUGGAAAUUUGAAUGAUAUAUCCUCAGAAAUCAGCAGCUCUCCAGGGAUAAAGACACCAACUUUGGUUGCAAGAUUAAUGGGUCUUGAUCUUCUUCCAAAUGCACACUCACCUACUUCUUCGUCUUCUUCUUCCUCUUCAUGUCUUUCCACUCCAAACCCACAAGGCAAUGUUCCUCAUCUGCACCACUUGAGACACAAGCAACACAUCCAAACCAAACCAAGAAACAGCAUAGACAGUAGUGACAUUGCAGCUUCUCGUUCCUUGCCUGAGACUCCUAGAAUAUCCUCUGCAAGAAGAUCGGAUGUUGAUUAUCAUCACAGACUUUCACUCCAAAUGAACAAGGAGAACAUGACCCUUGGUGAGGACUUGGAGCUUCCAAGGUUCUCAUUUUCGAAAAGGAAAUGUGAUGAGAACAAUAGUAGCAAGAGUCCAAGCCACUAUGCCAGACAGAUUGUGAAGCAGGUUAAGGAAAGUGUGAGUAGAAAAGUUGGGCAAGACAUCACCAACACUCUCAAAACAAGAGAAGAAUUUGUGGGCCAAUUAAGAAGCAAAAAAUCUCCCAAAACAUCAUUGAAAGCAAUUGAUGAGACUAGUCCAGGAAAACACUCAAACCCGUCUUCCUAUUCUCCAAGGCUUAGAUUCAUUGACACCAAUAAGCACAAACCGAGCACAACUACACCAUCACCACUCAACCCAAAGGAUCAAAACAUGCUGAAACUACCAUCAACUCCACACACUCAACCACAGCUUCCAAGAGUUUUUACAAAGCCAAAGCCUCAAGCAUUAUUGUCUGAGCAACAAGAGUCUCAUAACAAGAAAUCAGUCACAAAGUGUAAGAAGGUCACCAAUGAGAAGUUCAACUCAAGGCUCAAAAGGCCUCCACAGACAACAGACAUAAUCAGAAACAAGCAAGAAGAACCAUUUAUCAUUCGUCCAACAUCACCUACUACAAGAGUCAGUGACAUCAAAACUACCAAAAGCAAGAAAACUCAUCCACUGUCAAGCAAUCUUCUUAACAACAUCAACACUGUACCAAAUCUUCUCCCUGUCAAGAUAGAUCCUUCUCCUCCAGCAACCAAAAUCCCUUCAAAACAGUCACAGGCAUCUGAUACCCAAGAGUCCAAAAGCAUCUCACAGUUGUCUAGUUGUUCACGCCAGAGGUACAAACAAGAAAGAACAAGCACACUCGCCACCCGAGAAAGCACCAACACAUCAGAAAACAAACUUAACGGUGCCUCUAUCACCGGAACCAAACACCACACACCAGAAUUUCAGUACAUCACAGGAAUCCUUAACCGUACCACUACCCCAAACAAAGAGGGUACCCCCACAACAACAUUGUCCUUCAACCAAUGGUUUUCUCCAACUCAUCUACUAGACCCAUCAAUCUUCCACCACUUAGAACACCGCAACAACGACAAAAAUCGCAACUUUUCCUCAAAAAACGAACUGGGUCAACGUUGGAACCGAAGGUUGUUGUUUGAUUUGGUGGAUGAGGUGUUAAAGGAAAUUAUAAAGCCAAAAGGGAACCAAAAAAGGCUUUGGUUCUUGAAGGGUGUUUGCUACCAAGGAAGCGUUGAAGGGUUGAUAGAGAGAGUGUGGAAAAGGGUUGAGGAGUUCCCACGUGCCAAGUGUGAGGUUUUGGAAGAUAUUGAUGCGUUGAUUGAAGCACAAGACAUGGAAGAUGAAGAUGAAAAUGGAACUGAAGAAGAAGGAAAAGGAUUGGUGGCAGAGAUUGAAGGGAACAUAUGGGACACGUUAGUGCAUGAAACGGUUAUGGUUAUGCAUUUUUGUGGAAGUGUGGGAAGUGGGGUCCAUGUCUUUGCUUGA